AUGCGCACUGUCCUUGCUCGGGAGAUGGGUGGCUGCAGUGUUUUGGGCCGGUUCUGGGGUGUAUGGCGGCGGCGGCCAGGGGUCCGCGCAGUGCCCACGGCCCCAGGCUUUGGCACCGAAGCCGGACAUCGGCUGCGACCCCGAGGCUCCAGCAAACGGUCGAGGCCCCUGGGGGGCCAGCCAUUCCCGGGGCUGCUGCAGCUAGAGAACCUCAGUCGGGAGGAGCUGGUUGAUGUGCUGAGGGCUGCAGUAGUGGACCAGAAAGGACCUCUAGUGACAUUGAAUAAGCCACCGGGUCUACCAGUGACAGGAAAACCAGGAGAGUUGACAUUGUUCUCAGUGCUGCCAGAGCUGAGCCAGUCCCUGGGGCUUGGGGAUCAGGAGCUCCAGGUUGUGCAAGCAUCUGGGAAAGAGACCUCUGGGCUUGUACUCCUCUCCAGUUGUCCUCAGACAGCCAGCCGCCUCCAAAAGUUCUUCAUCUACUCACGGAGAGCCCAGAAGCCCACAGCCACCUACUGUGCUGUCACUGAUGGGAUCCCAGCUACUUCUGAGGGGAAGAUCCAAGCAGCUUUGAAACUGGAACACAUUGAUGGCGUUGAUCUUGUAAUUCCAGUGAAGUCCCCAUCCCGAAAAGACUUCCAAGAAGGUGUCAAGAGGACCCUCAGCCACUUCCAUGUGGUGGCCAUGGGCUCUGGCUGUGCCUUGGUCCAACUGCAGCCACUGACAGUGUUCCCCAGUCAGCUCCAGGUACACAUGGUACUACAGCUCUGCCCUGUGCUCGGGGAUCACACAUACUCUGCCCGUGUGGGCACUGUCCUGGGUCAGCGCUUUCUACUGCCAGCAGAGAGCACCAAGCCCCAAAGACAGGUCCCGGAUGAAGCCCUCCUCAGACGCCUCUACCUGACCCCCUCCCAGGCUGCCCAACUGCCCUUGCAUCUCCACCUGCAUUGUCUCCAUCUUCCAGGCAUGAGGCCCGGGGAGGCCCCCAUGAAGCUUCUGGCACCCUUGCCCUCUUAUUUCUCCAGGACCCUACAGUGCUUGGGGCUCCACCAACAAUAAUGCUCCUUCUGUUCCUUUUGUUUCUGCUGGAAAGCAGUGGGGAUGGGGUGGGAGAUGAACCUACGAUGAGGCCUGAGGAGAAUGAGGUCAGUACUCAACAUGCAGUAAGGCCUCGCUUUAAGAUCCUGGGCUCUGCAUUCGGACACACCUAAGAUCAAAGCCUGCCUAGGCCACCUGCUGCAUGGUGUUAGGCAAAUGACUUCAUCUCUUUGGACGUGCAUUAAUAAAAGUACCUACCUCAUAGUAUGGUUUUGA